AUGUCAAUGGGCUCGGGGCGGCGGCCCAAACCCAAGAUCCGGCCCCCACCAAAGCUGGGCCCAGACACGAGCAUCAAGGAGAUAUGGAACAAGCUCUCACACGCUAUCCGCGAGAUUCAGAAUCACAAUGCCUCCAAACUCUCGUUCGAGGAGCACUACCGCUACGCCUACAACAUGGUGUUGUACAAGCACGGCGAUCAGCUCUACAACGGCGUGAAGGGGAUCGUUUCGGAACACCUGGACAAGUUGGCUGAAGAGCGCAUCGUUCCCGCCUUCCCCCGCACGAGCGCGACGCAGGCCUCUGCGCCUGGUGGAGGGGCUGCAGCAGUCGAACGUGCAGUGGAGGGCGACCGCUUCUUGCGUGCCGUCAAGGGCGUCUGGGACGACCAUACGGGCAGCAUGCGCAAGCUCAAGGACAUCUUGAAAUACAUGGACAAGGCAUACACACAGCAGCAGGGGCUACCAGCAGUUUAUGACGCCGGCCUGCAGCUGUUCCUUUCCCACAUCGUCCGCUCCUCCACACAUCCGAUCCACAAUCACCUCAUCGGUACGCUGCUCGGGCAAGUCCAGCUAGAGCGCGAUGGCCUCACCAUCCAGCGCUCAACGGUUGCCGACUGUGUCGACUUCCUUAUCCGCCUAGAGAACCCCGAGCGCCUAGGCGGGCGGCCAGUGUAUGCAACCGACUUUGAGCCUGAGUUCCUGCGUCGCUCUUCGCAGUUCUACCGACAAGAAGCCGUCGCGCAACUGGUCAAGGCUGACUCGUCGGCGUACCUCCGCAACGUGGAACGGCGACUGUCAGAAGAGAGCGAUCGCACGGCCCACUACCUCUGGUCCAACACGAGCCAGCCGCUGCAGAUGUUACUCGUCGACGAGCUCCUCACACCACAUCUUCAGGCGAUCAUGCGCAUGCCCGGGACGGGCCUCGUGGCGAUGCUCGACGGCGAUCGAAUUGACGACCUGCGACGAUUAUACACCCUCUUCCUCCGUGUACCCGGUGACGCCGGCAAGGACGCGAUGCGGUUAGCGCUGCGUGGCAGUGUCGAGGUGCGCGGGAAAUCGAUCAACGAUAGUGCUCUGGCAGCGGCUGCACCACCACCUGAGGACGAGGAGGAGAAGCCUGAUGUCAAGGGCAAAGGCAAGGCGAAGGCACCGAACGCGGGCGCUACGGCCUUGGCACAGGCGUUGCGCUGGGUACAGGACGUUCUUGACCUCAAGGACAAAUUUGACGCCAUCUUGGACAAAGCGUUUGGUGGUGACAAGCAGGUGCAGGCAUCUAUCAACGAGGCGUUCCAGUCGUUCAUCAACGCCAACCAGCGUUCGCCAGAGUUCCUCUCCCUGUUCAUCGACGAGCACCUCAAGAAGGGCACCAAGGUCAAGAGCGAGGAGGAGAUUGACCAUGCGCUCGAGAAGACGCUCAUCCUGUUCCGCUACCUGUCCGACAAGGACAAGUUUGAGCGGUACUAUAAGAACCACUUGGCACGGCGACUCCUAUCCGGGCGGAGUGCGAGCGACGACGCGGAACGCGGCAUGGUCGCCAAGCUCAAGAUCGAAAUGGGCUUCCAGUUCGUGCAGAAGCUUGAGGGCAUGUUCAACGACAUGCGCCUAAGCGCGGACAGCGCCAAGAGCUUCUUGACAUACCAAGCGCGACACGGGGCGGCACCACUCGACAUGAGCGUCAAGGUGCUUACGGCGUCGUAUUGGCCGCAGCAGAUUGUGACCGCGAGCACUUGCACGUUUGGCGAGCCGCUGGCGGCAGGUGCGCAGUUAUACCAGCGCUAUUACGACAGCAGGCACUCGGGGCGCCGACUCACGUGGCAGGCCAGCUUGGGGACGGCGGACGUUAGAGUGCGCUUCAAAGCGCGACCGCACGACCUGAACGUGCCGACCCAGGCGCUCGUCGUGCUCCUGCUAUUCGAGGAGGCCAAGGAGGGCGAUGUGUUGUCGUACUCUGAAAUCAAGUCGGCGACAGACUUGGCGGACUCGGAUUUACAACGCACACUACAGUCGCUGGCGUGCGGCAAGUUCCGAGUGUUGACCAAGACGCCGAAGAGUCGAGAUGUGGGUCCGAACGACACAUUCGCAUUCAACGACGGGUUCACGAGUCCAUUGGCGCGCAUCAAGAUCAUGCAGAUUGCAAGCAAAGUCGAGACGCCCAAGGAGCGCGAGGAGACGCAGGAGAUGGUCGACGAGGAGCGCAAGCACCAAGUGGAAGCGUGCAUCGUGCGCAUCAUGAAGAGCCGAAAGACGAUGGGCCACAACGGCUUGGUAACAGAGGUCGCACAGCAACUCAGCACCCGCUUCCAGCCCAGCACGGGCUUGAUCAAGAAGCGAAUUGAGGGGCUGAUUGACCGCGAGUACCUGGAACGUACGAGCGACAUUGGGGUGUACCGAUACUUGGCGUAG